CCGUUCUUGCAUGCUUCUAGAGCUGAAGAAAUGUCUUCGAAACGAAGGAAAAUAGUCAUCGAUUGUGAUGCCGGAAUAGACGAUGCUCAAGCCAUAAUGUUGGCUCUUUCUUUAGACGUUGAAGUUGUCGCUAUUACGUGUGUUGCUGGUAAUGUCAGUGUUGACCAAGUGGCUAAAAAUGUUCUUAGGAUUCUGGAUGUUUGUGGAAGAACCGACAUUCCUGUCUACAAAGGUGCUGAUCGCGCGCUUCUCGGUCAAGAUUUUGAACUUCCUGUGUAUCAUGGUGAAGAUGGUCUUGGGGAUGCUACAGAUGCUAAAGAACCUGACUUAGAGCUACUUCAGCCCACCCAUGCCGUUACAGCUCUUAUUGAUAUUGUCAAGCAAAACCCUGGAGAAAUCACCAUAGCAGCCUUAGCACCCCUAACAAACUUAGCUUUGGCACUGCGUAUGGAUGAUAGCUUCUCUAAGAACCUCAAGUGCAUUGAUGUCAUGGGGGGAAAUAAGCAGGGCAUUGGAAAUCACUUCAUUUCAGCUGAGUUUAACUUUGGUGCUGACCCAGAAGCUGCUUAUGUAGUCCUUGAAGAGUUUGAAUGCCCUAUAACUAUUACAUCAUGGGAGUUUUGUUUAGAGCAUACUUUUGAGUGGGAUUUCUUCAGCAAAUAUACUAGUUUUCCAAGUGCCAAAUCUCAGUUUUUGAAGUCAAUUUCUACAAAAAUAGAAGAGCAUGAAGAUGGGAAUCUGUGGAUGACUUGUGAUCCUUUUGCAGUUGCAACAGCUGUUUGCCCACACAUUGUGACAUCCCAGAAGGCAUUGCAUGCUACUAUUGAGCUUGGCGGGCAGGUCACAAGAGGGAUGAUGGUAGUUGAUUGGAGAAACUUUCUUCAGAAGAGGAAAAAUAUAAAUCUUAUUGAAAAAGUAGAUUUGGAUCAGUUCAAAGCUUUGCUACUAAAAUCUGUUCAGUAACCAACUACUAAGCAUCCUAAUUAAGAAUAAGACCUGUAGUUUUAACUGUCAAUUAUAUUGCAAAAUUGUCUCCCUAUAUUAACUAAUAAUAAUGAUUUGAUAGAUAGAGCGUUUAUUAAGAUAUUAUCACCUAGCAGUCUUCCAAAUGAAUUAUGUGCAAUGUUGUUUUUUUUUUGUCAAAUGUACAAAUAUUGUCAAAAAAUGUUUUGAUUUGGACAUUGAUGGGUAUUUGCACUAGAAUGCUAUAUUGUCCCCUUGAUGAUGAACUUAUAAGAAUUUAUCAAACAUUCUGAUACUUCGAUGGGACAUGAAUUUAAGUGCCCUUUUUCAUAUACCAUGUGAAUUAAUUUCUAAAUGACUGAACGUCUAGAGAUAGAUUUCAAUUAACCUUUCUCAUCUCCACAUUACUUUUCAAUUUCAGGUUUUUUUAUUUUUUUAUUAUCAUUAUUAUUUCAGUUUUGCUGAUGAGCAGCAGCCAUUUUGGAGAAAGGUCUAUUACAACCUCAGUGUUGUUUAUCAUUCAUUAUCAUCGUCAUCUUCACCAUCAUUCAGUUACUAUUAUUUAUUCAUGUACUGCAAACCGAAUUUGAAUAUAUUAUUACAUGAUGUGUGUGCACUAAUAGGUAACUUUAGCAUGGUGACAUUUUUUAAGCUUAGAGCUCUGCUAUCAAUCAGCACCUUUUAAACAUGAUGGGAAAAGGAUUCCCACUGGUAGUUGCAGUCAGUAUAUGAUAAAUGCCAUCUUGGUAAGGUUA